AAAAUGCCUAAGGAUAAAUCUUCCUUUAAAUCUUCUAAUAAACCUAUUGAUCCUUACACUAUUAAUAAGAUUCUUAUUCAAGAGCUUUCAAAUCUUAUUUCUAAAGUUAUUAUUCCUGCAGUUGCUUCUCAUACUGCUGUUCUCCAAUAUCAUAAUUUUUACAAUAAGAAUUAUCACUAUAUGUCUUUAGAAAAUACUUCACCAUCUCAAGAUUCUUUUCUUAUUCCUGAGAAUUCUCUAGAAUUAUUUAAAGAUAUCAUUACUGAACUUAAAAGUUCUUUGGGUCCUGAGAUUUCAGAACUUCCUAGCUUUUUUGAUGAAUUAGAUUAA